AUGAUCGCAAGAAUUUUUCUUCUAGAAACAAAAUUGAGCAUAUCAUCUACUCUCACUACUACACCUCUGUUUACCUCAGCUUUAACGUCAUCUGCAUCGCCUACGACAGUAGUACUUGAUGUAACAACAACAUCCAGUGGUUUAAAAUGGAAUUCGAGCGGUAUUACCGUUGCGAGUGGUAAUGGAAAUAGUAGUAUUCUAAAUCCUUAUGCAAUAUUUGUUGAUGAUGAAUAUUAUCUUUAUAUUGCGGAGAAAGGAAAUAGUCGAAUUUCUAAAUGGCCUUCAAACUCCAAUGGUUCGGCAUCGUCAUCUGUAUUUCGUACUGGUAAUAGCCAAUUAAAUCAACCGCCAAGUUUAUAUGUAAAUAGUGCAACUGGUGGAAUAUAUGUUGCGGAUGAAUCAAAUAAUCGUGUUGUAUUUUUUGCUAAUGGAUCAAUAAAUGGUUCUAAUGUAACAACUUCAUUAUCCGGUCCAGCAUAUUCAGUUAAUGCGAUUUAUUUAAAUCCAAAUGGAACUAUUUUUAUUGGAGAUUCAACUCGAAAUCGUAUAUAUAAUUGGAUUACUAAUGAAACAGUAGUCGGUGGAUACGGAACUGGUCAAGCUGCAAAUCAAUUCAAUGCAAUUAAGCGCUUUUUUAUCGAUACCAGUUACUCUUUUUACGUACCUGAUUCAAAUAAUAACCGCGUGCAAAAAUGGUUCAGAGGAGCAACAUCAGGUAUAACAGUUGCGGGUGGUUAUGGUUUGGGUUCAAAUGCAAGUCAAUUAUCAGGACCAUUAGGUGUAGUGGUUGACAGUCAAGGUGGAAUUAUUGUUUGUGAUUCAAAUAAUCAUCGAGUGCAACGAUGGAGUAACAACAGUACAACAAUUGGUCAAACAAUUGCAGGUUAUUCAAAUGGUACGUCAGGUUCAGGUCCAUAUGGAUUAAAUUCACCAAAAGGAAUUGCUCUUGAUAAAAAUAACAAUUUAUAUGUUGUUGAUGCGAAUAAUCUUCGAAUACAAAAAUUCAAUGUAUUAUAA